GUUCCUGUGGGAUCGGAGCUUUUAACUUGUUGCCAGCUUGGCUUCACAUCCACUCUCUGCUGUACCUCUGAGAGCACAAAAAAAGUCCUUUCCAAAUCUUCUUUGAAUGAUUUUUAGCAGUGCUGAAACUGUGGCCUGUCCCUGAUUCUUCUUCCUUCAAACGUGAAAUAAAGCGUAAGCGAGCAUUUGUUCCUGUCAGCCGACCCUCGGGUUAAAAUUGGUUUUAAACAAGGUGCUGUAACUAAGAGAAAAGAUAGGUAAAGCCAAGAAAUAAAAUAAAGGAAAAACACCUGUUAUAGUCACUUUCAGGAAGACCAGAGCUAUUCAUAAGCAUCUCCAGCUCAUACAAAGUGUGUGCCGUAACCACAACAAAGUGUUUGUACGGUUAGGAUGAAGACUGGCAAAUGUUGUGAGUCUUUUUGCAAAGUUAGUGAAAUUAGAGUAUCAUCCUGGCAGCUGUAUCUUUAACACAAACAUUAAAAUGCAUAAAAUUGGUAGUACUGCAUGUCAAUCAUCUCUGUGCCUUUGAUUAUUUUUCAUUCUUUCUGUCUCUGUUCCAGCCUGUGGCAGACUGCCCAGGAACAAGACUGUUUUCUCCCCAAAUGCCUUCAUCUCCUUUCCAAUGAAGAACUUGCUUUUGUUCAGUUUAACUUACUUUUGUUUCUGAAGAUAUUGUCUCAUUUAAUUGUCUGAGUAGAUUAGGCACAAGUCAGUUUGGGGUAUGAUUGUAUAUAUUUUUUCCAUCACUAAUUUCAGUUUGCUUGUGUGUCUAUCAGUGGGGGCAGAAAUGUUAAGCUGAAGCUUAACUUAGGAAAAAAUAUCGUUCAGAUAUAAAUCAUCCAGAUAGUGAGAUAGAAAUUGCAGCCCUUUCCAGCAGCUCUGACUGCCAGUCAUAGUCCUUUCUCACAAAGCAGAAAAUUGAUUUUGAAGUGGAAGAAAGAAAUGGCCCAUCUCUCUGGCUGUCAAGAGGCAUAACUUGACUAAAAUGUGGUUCACGAAAAUCAUUGAUGAAAGAGAGAAGAAUUUGGAUGACAGAGCAUACAGUAACAUCCAGGAACUUGAGACGUACGCUGAGAACACGCAGAGUGCUCUCUUGUACCUCACUUUGGAAAUGCUGGGUGUGAGGGACAUCCACGCCGACCAUGCAGCCAGUCACAUCGGGAAAGCACAAGGCAUAGUUACCUGUUUAAGAGCAACUCCGUACCAUAGUGCAAGACACAAGGUCUUUCUUCCCAUGGACAUUUGUAUGUUGCAUGGCGUUUCUCAAGAGGAUUUUAUAAGAGGCAAGCAAGAGAGGAAUGUGAGAGAUGUCAUUUAUGACAUUGCCAGCCAGGCCCAUAUUCACCUAGAACAUGCUAGAUCUUUCAGGAAGAAAGUUCCUGCAAAAGCAUAUCCUGCGUUUUACUGUACGGUUGCUUUAGAUGCUUAUUUAUAUUAUAUACGGAAAGUGGACUUCAAUAUCUUUCAUCCAAGCUUACAAAAGAGGAGUACAUUAUUACCGUUGUAUUUAUAUAUUAGAUCUUGGAAAAAAACAUAUUAAAAUUUUAAAAUUAU